AUGUGCAAGACGAAGGAGUUAGUGGCACUUUUGCUUGUGGCUGUGCAAAUUCAAAACGUCAAGCCCGUGAUUCAUACGCUCAAGUAUAUCCGCAUAGGGUCAUCUCAAAUUCCAAACUUCCCAGAGUACUUGAGUGUCGGUUAUGUUGACGGUGUUCAAAUUACCAACUAUGACAGCAAGAGCAAGAAAUUACGACCUAAACAGGACUGGAUGAACAAAAUCACAGCCGAGGAUCCGCACUUCUGGGAAAGAAACACACAGAUCAAUAUCGGUGCAGAGAAGGUCUACAAAGUCCGCAUUGAAACUGCUAAAGAGCGCUUCAACCAAACUGGAGGUGUUCACAUGGUCCAGGUGAUGUAUGGCUGCGAAUGGGACGAUGAGACCGGCGAAGUGGACGCUUGGGUACACUUUGCUUAUGACGGAGAAGACUUUAUAUCGUUUGAUUUGAAGGGACUGAGGUGGAUCGCGGUCAAGCCGCAAGCUGUCGUCACCAAACACAAGUGGGAACAAUCGGACAGCUUUAAUCAAUGGCAAAGAUAUUACUACACUGAGGAAUGUCCUUCUUACUUGAAGAAGCACGUUCGCAAUGGGAGGGACUUCCUCAUGAGAACAGAGCUUCCGCGGAUCUCCCUGCUGCAGAAGACGUGGCGGUCGCCGGUGACAUGCCACGCCACGGGUUUCUACCCCAGGGAGGCCGCCCUGUUUUGGAAGAAGGACGGCGAAGAGCUCUUUGAGGAUGUGGAGAUGGGCGAGACCCUCCCCAAUCACGACGGAACCUUCCAGACCACCGCCGACCUCAAAGCGGUGGAUGCCAAGGCCAAAUACGAGUGCGUUUUCCAGCUAGCCGGCGUCCCGGAGGACCUCGUCGUCCCGCUGGACCCCGCGAAGAUCCUGAGCAACGAGCGCAUUGAAGCGGAAGAAAGGAGGAAGACAGCGCUGGCCGUCACUGUCCCGUUGGUGCUCCUGGCCCUGAUUCUCACGAUCAUCGUCGUCAUUGUCAUCAAAUGCAGAAAAGUCAAAUACGCUCCAGCUGCUAAGUCAAAAUCUUUCCUCGGAGCCAAUUCUGAGCAAUCUUCCUCCAAGAGUGCUUCCGAGGCCGCUUCUCCGACCGCCGAGACCCCUUUAGCCGAGCCCGCUCCCGAGUGA